ACAUUUAUCACGGUGGCUGCGAGUGAGAGCUUUCACGUGGCGACUACUGCAAACUACCGUCACUGCUGUGAAAAGUUUGGCUCAACCUCUCGAUUACACUCACAUUACUUCUGCGGGCUGUAUUGUUAAUCUUAUCACUGUAUCACUACGACCACAUAGGCUUAUAUUUGGCCGUAAUUUUUUACUUUUUGGGCGGGAUAGGUCGUUUGCAAGAAACACGGCGAACGCGAUAACUAAAACCAACCGACUUCUAUGUCAAAUCCAAGUACUUCCUCCAUCUCUCGAACUCCUGUAUCACCAUCUACUGCCACAAACACCAACGGAUCGUCUUCACAGCUAAAUCCUGCACAAAACAGGCCCGGUGUUGUCCCGACUAAUAAUGUUUCGACCGCCAACGGUGUCACUGUUCGAGCUCGAAUUGACCCAACUCUCACUGUGAACGAUGUCAUCAAACAACUCUGUGUCAAUCUCAAGAUUCAGGGUCCUCCUUCGGACUAUGCAUUGAGGGACGAUAAUGAGGUGUUAGUCACGAACGAUAACCUGAGGAAGAUGAUCAAGGGAAAUGUUCAUUUACACCUGGUCAAUGCACCAGCACGCGAAGGGCACGAUAUCGCAAUGAAACUUACCUCGAGGGAUGAUAAAAUUCUGAAAACUGGGUUGUUUUCUUUACGAAAAUAUAUUCAUGAGCGUGAAUUCGCUCAAGAAUUUAUUAGUUGCAAUGGGGUAGCAGAAUUGGUUGCUGUCAUUUAUACUACGCAUGGAAACUCACUAGCGUAUGCUCUCCUCGCGAUGCAGAAUUUGAUGGAGUUGGAUUACGGCUGGUCAACUCUAGACGAUGAUUUCAUAUUCAGGAUCGUUAAAAUCUUAUCCUCUCCUCAAUCUCCCAUCAAUGUGUGCCGGCCUGCUACUGCCAUACUGAAAAAACUAGUGGAAGCCGAUCCCAUGAGCGCUCCAGGACCACAGGCGAGCUCUAGUAAAAGCUCACCUGUUCCUCCUCCGGGCUCAGUUUAUCGGUAUGGAUUUGCCAGGGUGUUCGAGCAGAUGAGCAGAGAGCAGACGAUGUUGGAUACCGUCGUUCAUCGGUUAGGAAGUGCCGAUACCGCAAUGGUUCAACACAGUAUGAUGCUAAUCAAUUCCUUGUUAGCGCAUGCCAGCGAGAAUCGUUGGGGGCAGUUCAUAGACGAGCUCGAGAGACUCAAUGUUCGGAAGGCUGUUCUGCGACUGAUGUCCAAUCAUACUAUGGAAGAUUUGACUUCUGGCAUAUUGGACUUCCAGGCUAACAUGCUCAGGGUUCUAUAUCGCAAGCAGAGCACCCCAGUUGAAUAUGGCGCCAAUAUUGCCGACCUCAACUUUAUUUGGGCAUCGAGUAGGCUCGAAGAGGAGGUUGACCAAGACAACAAACCACUCAAAUGGCGAAAAUUGGGUUUUGAGAGUGAAGACAUCGAACAAGCAUUCGCUAACGUCGGGGUACUGGGUCUACAGUGCUUAAAAAGAUUCGUUGAACAUACACAUGAUCCAGACUUCUCCAAGGUUGUUCUAGAGCAACUGAGUCGACCUGCGGAGCGAAGGUGUCCUAUAGCAAAAGCUUCUAACGAAGUGGUUGAACUUCUUUGCCAGCAUUGGUCUAUAUUUGCACCCGGCUACUGCACAUCUACAAGUUUCCAACCCCUUUUUCUUGAGUAUUCUAAGGUCCAUUUAUUGGCCACACAAUUCUUCUUAAGAAUGUGGAGCGAGAGUGGUUCAGCUUCUGGAGAUUUCGCUCGAGUCGCUGCUUUGGUUCGCAGCCAAGUCAAAGUGUCUCUCGAAGAUGAAGGUCAACGACCAUGGCACGAGGUUGAACAGGAUUUUCUUGAGUGUGAAUACAGAGCUGUCAGAGAUAGGCAAAUGAAGGAGCUCGAACUGGAGGACGACCUUCUUAACAAAGUCCCCGUGCGCAAUCUCAGGGCAAAGAUCUACAAGGAAUCGUACGAAUUUGUUCGCCAGCAGCGAUUGCAGUGCUUAUUACAGGGUGCUUGGUUCGUUAAUGCCAUUCCAGGCACUAAUCCGGUACCGCGGGACUCUGUUCGGCGACCAACCCAACCGUGGCGUUUCAUGCGGCUGGACAGUGGACUCAAAUAUCUCCAUUACGUUGACAAUGCAAUGAAGUUCCCCGUUCGAAACGGAUUAGAAGAUCUACCGGAGCGUAUAGAAAUCGCGGCCAUCGGUGAAAUAGCUACUGGGACUGGGAUAGCACCCCCACACGUUUUACGAGAUCACAACGAUCUGCCUACGUCUGUGUUGACACCGUCUCCAUUGUCAUUUUCUUUGAUCAGUCAACAUGGGGCAUCCCUUGCCGAUCAGAUCGCCCCAGAUGAGUCUCGGUGGGCGGAUUGGACGGACGGGCUGAAUAUGCUACGCCGCGAUGGUGGACAUGUUUCGUCGAAAGAAACCGCUGGAUUCGUGCAGGCAUUGACAGAGAUCGGAUUGAAGAUUAAGUUGUUAGAUCUUUCCGGUGAGACGAUUGAGAUCCCUAGCGGUCUCACAGCCGGUCCAUCCCCGAACGAUACCAACUAUUAUUUUUCGGAAUUGUUGGCUUAGUUUGGUGAUUGACACUGAGUAGCGCCACAAACUUUGGCCACCUAUGAAAUAGGACAAAGAUGAUGGGAUAGAUGAAUACAGUAUAUGUAAGAUGCAGUUGAUGCAAUGC